CUUAGCUUACUUAUUAAACCGGUUAGUUUCACAAUCCUGCUGUUGCUGGGAUUUCAGAGCUCAGUGGUGCUUCCUUCACAAUGCACUCGGGUUGAAAGAAUGAUGGAUUUCCGCUGGUUUGCAAGGACAGCAGCGUUUCGUGAUAGAUUUCCUGAAGGUUUUGUACCAGGUAGGAAACUUCUCGUGGGCCGAAGCUCACCUUUACCGUGAUCAAAUCUGUUCUGGUUUAAACAGAAUCUGACUGGAACGGCUACCUACUGAAGUUGAAGCGACGCCUUUAAUUGAGUUUUUUUUUUACUCGCCGAACUCAGGCACUUGACUUUUGCAAUCUCUUUUCAAGGUUAUUUCUGGGAAUAACCAAGAUACUAAAACAGACCAAGAUACUAAAACUGGAGAAAUCUGCCAAACUCCCCGUGUAAUCGCGAUUACUGAGAGCCGCUGUUGCAAUGAGAUGUACCUGAGAACAAACAUUUUAUCACUCUUGAAUCUUUAUUUACAAAUAAAUCGUUGUUUUGCCAAGUGCGGUACCUAAUAUGCAAAUUCUCGCCAAACGUGCAGUCGGCAUUGCAAAGUUGGGAGCAGCCCUGCACCCGAGAGGCAGCUGGGACGCUGGGGAAGUCUAUUAGCCUGUUGUUUCCUGCAUUCCUCGGUAGCUGGCACUCUACGCUCUCCGUGAAUAAGACACAAACGCAGCAACACGGCGGCGGAUCAUCUGCGCUGGGGACAGGAAUCUGAUCGCUUCCAGGGAUAAGACUGCACUGGCUGUGGGUGGGUGAUAGAUUGCUGCAUUUGUUCCUACUCCUGUCAAGGAUCCGGGCAUUUGAGGGAAAACUUUGCCGCCAAACCGACAUCUGGAAUUAGCAUUUGAGGGGCGAGUGUUGAUCUGUCCAAGGUGCUGAAAUGUAGUCUUGCUCCUCCGAGGUGGAUACUAUGGGCUUCGCCGCUGAGAAGUUACAUUGCAGUUUAUAGCGCAAUGGGACGUGAAGAUCUACACCCCUGAUGUCGAGGGGGCUUUCUUUUGCUCCAAGUAUGCGUGGCAGGAUUUGACGGAAUGGGCCGUUUUCUGGUAUACCUGAGAUCAACUGUGCUACUGUUUUUCAGCUAUUUUAACAUCUGCCUGAUCACAGCGGACAUACCAGCAGCUCCCGUCAAUGUCACAGUUCGACAGCUGCAGGCCAACUCGGCAGUGGUAUCAUGGGAGGUUCCUGAUGGAGAUGCUGUUAUUGGCUAUGCUAUAUCACAGCAGAAAAAGGAUGUGAGAAUGCUACGCCUUAUUCAGGAAGUGAAUACCACAACCCGUUCCUGUGUAUUGUGGGACUUAGAGGAGAAUACUGAGUAUAUUGUCCAUGUGCAGUCAAUUACUCUGAGCGGUGUGAGCCCAGCUAGUGACCCUAUCUCAUUCUGGACCCCAAAGGAAGCCGAGAAAUCAGCUUCAAAAGAGGAGGUUCAGCAACAUUAUACACAACUAAGGAUGGGCGAGAUGAUCAUUAUUCUGGUUGUGCUCGUCAUGUGGGCAGGCAAUAUGAUAUCAUCAAGGACAAUGAACCUACCAAUAAUAAGGACAAAGCCAAGAGCUCUUCAGAGUACAGCACACCAGAGCACCCAACAGGAGGUCUACUACGCAGCAAGUUUCCAAAGAACAAGCCUUCUGUAAAUAUCAUUGAAGCCUGACUGCUGUCAACAAAGAAGAUGGUUUAAUUAAUCCAUUAACCUGGUUUAUUUUGGGAAGAAGCAUUGGCUUUUACGUUGCAAAGUACUGCUUCAUAAAUAGAUUUGAAAGCACACAACAAUCAAGAUUGUUUGAAAUGUUCAUCUUCAUCAAGGAUAGGAGAUCAUUUAAUUUCUCAUCUGUGAAAAAGAAAAGCCCUAAAGUUUUGUAUAACAUGACAAAAGGUAAUUUAACAAAGAUUUUUAUCUUUGCAUUCUUGCAAAGGGACUUGCUAGUUCAAAAAUAAGCAAUUUAAGAAAUGGUUGCUUACAUGUAAAGUUUUCUCGCUAACAUUUCAUCGGAUCAAUUAUAAACAGUUGACAAAUGCUGUUUCAGAAAUCCAAAAUACUGAAGAUUGUCAUGUGGAUCAUAAACAAUUUUAUUGUGCAUAUUUUAAAUGUUCAAUGUCUCUUCACAGACAGGAAUGUGUUUAGGGCAACAAGCUCUUAAAUGGAUCCACAGAAAUGGCUUAAUAUAAUCAAAUCUCUCAUUUCGACAAGAAAACUAGCUAGAUGACUUGAGUUUCAAGAACAACUUUAUUGGAAAGAUGAUGACUAUUAGAUUUUUAUCACUACCUUCAAUGAUAUUAUCACUCAGUUUGCUUAUAAAAAAUUAUAUUUUGGGUUUGAAGUCUGCCAAGAAAUAUGAAAGACAUGUACAAAGUGGUAGCACUUCCGUUAAGUUUAAAAAAACUUCUUUCAGCCCGUGACCAAUUAAAACUGGCCAGUUUCUGAAAAUAUUUGGUUACAUAUUUAUAACAACUGUGUAAUUAUUUUUCAGUUACUCUUACGGGGGUCUUGUGGCACAGUGGUAACACUGCUACCUUUACGCCACGUCCCCUUGUUAGAAUGAGAUUUUAUAAAAGGGUUCAACAGGUUGUUAUAACACAGAAUCCCUCCACCAUUUUCCCAAGAUUCCAUGAAAGGGAAAAAAAAGUGUAAAGGUACAUUUUUAAACAGCAAUUCUUUAACCAAGAGAGCACCUUUCACUUGAACAUAAAGAAUGAUCAUACCAUUAGCCACAAACAUUAGACAUUUUGAGAAUUUUCUUUUACUCUUGUUCCUUGUAACUGCAACGUGGAUUUCUAUCAAAUGUGAAAGGAGAGAACAUUGUAGUAAUGAAUACAAAUCAUAGAUUCUUUACCAAUGUAGGCAUAUUUCAGAAUAUAAUUAAUGUACAUUAUGAAAUUUUCAUAAAACUUUAGGACAUGUAUCUCUGAAGCACACAAUUUUCUCAAAAUCCAUGUUUUGUUUUUAUUUAUUCAAGGUACAACAACCAUUUGCUAAUCUUUCCUGACUAGAGGCAAACAUGACAUAUAAAAGUGAUAUCUGUAAUGAGAAACAUGUACCUGGAGUGACCCUUAGACAUGUUCGUGGCUGUGCUUUAAAAUUAUCAUUAUAAUUGGGAUUGAAGCUUUUAGGAGAUGUUUUAUCUUAUGUUUCUAAAUUCACUGCUAAAGCAUAUUAUGGUUUGCUAGACACCAGCACAAAAACGAUUGUAUUGAUAUAUAUGCUCCCAGUCAUUUCAUUCAUACUCAAUGUAGCUCUGAUGGAACUGAAGUGUGGAUUAUCACUCCUGAGGUGGAUGCACAGUUGAGAAAUCUUCUGGCUUGCGACAUCUGCCUCAGGAUCAGCCCCAAAUGUUAGGGCUAUCAUUCCUGGUGGUGAGGUGUAGGUAGCUGUUGGAGUUGGGACCGCACUCUUUGGAGGAGCCACUUCUGAGUGCUUAGGCGAACUGGUUAAAAGGACUGCCUCAGUCUUCGGAGUCUUUGACCCAACUGUGUUGUUAAAUAUUCGGUCCUCUAGCCCUCGUUGCUCUCACAUACCCCACCAUGUUAAAAGAAACUCCCAUUCAUAAAAACAAAUUCAAUACAUUUAAAUCCCUUCAAGCACCUCAGCCUUUCAAAAGAACAAAUAUUUUUCUUCAGUUAUGAAUACUGCAUAAAGCACAAGAUAGCUAAUCCAUUUGGAGCUAUCCACCAUACUAUGCAGUUAUGCCCACACCCCUUCCCCCAUUCUGUUAUAAUGGUACUUUGUGGAAGCAGUCAAGUAGUAAUAAUGUUACAACGAUAGCACUUCUGGUUAAGUCAACAAGCACAUUUUCUUUCCAACUCUCAGACACAGUUUGGCUGAGACGUUUUCAAAAUUUAAACGGUUGAGUAUUUGAAUAACUUGACUACUUGACAGUUCCACUAACGUCCUCCACUGAGCAGAUAUUUGUACUUAAAAAACAAACGUAACAUACGCUGUAGAAUGACACCCUCACUCCAGUGAAAAUAUAGUCUGCUUGGAAUCAACCAUGAAUUCAAAUGGUCCUGCUGUUUGGAUUCUCUCCCAUCUGAGAGUGACGUCCUUUCUCCCCUAACUGAGGGAAAACAGGAUCUGUCAGAAAUGGAAGUGAGACUUCUGCAUCCAGGGUUUAUGUACCAUUUUGGAUAAAUUGUACAGUGCCCUCAGGUUUGUGAAAAUAUAGGGGCUUAAACACUAACAGAAAAAUGUUAAAACCUUUGUAUUUGAUUUAUUUUAACUGUUCAGUUUACAGAUCAAAAUUGUAAAAUUGCAUUGAAACUGCAUCGUGUUUCAGAGCUAAACAUUAAAUUGGGGCCAUCCAACUUCCCCUUCCAAAUGCUGAAAUAUAAAUGCAAAAUAUAAAAUCGAGCAUUCCAUUCAAAUACAAAUGGCAUUAUUAUGCUUUGAUCUUUGCUGUCUAAAUUUGAGUAUUCUCUCUGAGGCUUUUCACUAGUUAUGGAUUAUCAAAGGAUCUGAAAUAGAGGAGGAUAGAUUGAUUUGUACCUCAAUUCUGUCAUGUUCCCACUGGGCUGAGUGUUAAAACCCAGGCCAUACCCGCAACCUUUAGUUUUUCUGGCAAAUCUUUGGCUACAAGAUUAAAACAAAAACUCAAGGCUUCAUCGAAUACAGUGAACGUGUGAUUCGAACUGCAGGGGAACUGCCACAAAUUCAUGUUGAGUGGAGCUUCGAUGUAACUGAGAAGAUCUCAAUGUAACCGGAUUUGCCAAUAAAUGUGCUAUGUAGCAGAGAAAAGUUGCAAAUGAAAACACAGUAAAACAGCAAAUAUGGGGGGAAAGCACCCUUAUUCUCAAUGUGUUCACAUCUCACAACUGUCUGACUUUAUUUUGCAAAAUACAUUGCAAAAUGUUUUGAGCUCGAUUUGGAAAAACUCAAUAAUCUUUUUCUGCUUAACGUGCUGUUAUUGGAUGCAUUUUAUGGUGUCCUUCAUGUCAUCAGUGCAAUGAAACAUGCCUUCACUGUUGGUACUCCAGUGAGCUUUAUGCUUCAAUAGGUGACAAACUUGAUGGCAGGACUUCCCACUUCUUGGGGCAAUCUCUGUUUUUUGGCCAGUGUUUUCUGCUUGCUGAAAUCAACUUUAUUUCUCUCUGGUUGACAAAACGUUUAAACUUUCGCACAGGUCUGGCCAUACUCACAAAGAGAUUUCAAAGUCAGAUUAUGGCUCGCCCAAUGUUUGAUAAUUUCAGGAUCUAGCUUGAUUCAAUUCAGUUCUGAACGUUUGAUAUAGUCAUAUGACAGGUUUUCAGGAGUUUGUCUAAUCCAGAGUUAGCAUUCCAAAACUUUGGCUUAUGACAGACAUAUUCUAUCGCAAUUGCUAUUUUGCUGACAGGAACAGCUGACAACUUUAAGACAACUGGAAUUUUAGGUUAUCCAAAUUUGUCUCAUCACAAUUUCACCCAAUGUAUCAUGACACCACUGCAUAAAAUAUCCAUGUACAAUGAACUCCUAUGAAUUUUCUCCAUAAUUAAGCCAGCUGUGUCUGAGUCAAAAAGUCCUUUAACCUUUUAUUAACCAUUCAUACUUGUUAUGAUGUGCCAGAACAGAACAUUGUGCUUGACAUGGGUAUCCAUAUUCUUGUCUAGAAUGAGUCAGUCCAGAGGUUACAUGAAGUUUGGCUCCCUUUCAUUUUUCUUCCAAAUUCCCACUGAACAGUCAAAUUAAUACUUAGAAUCUCCCUUAAGCUCAAAUAUUUUCUGCACUGUUAACAGUGAUCUUUUUUGGACUUGUAAAAUGCUCACGUAAAAGUCUGUGUAUCUGCAAACAUAAUUCUUUCCCAUGUGCUUUGUAAAGCAUUCCCUAAUGAAGAGAGAAUUCUUUAUGUUGAUCAAAUCUCCAAAUCUGAUGUAAUUAACUCCAGACUCAUCUACAGAAUCAGCAUAGAAGGGGGCCAUUAGGUCUGUUCCUUCAGUAUAAGCUCUCUGAAUAAGUAUGCAUCCACUACCAUUCCCCCAACUUCUCCCCAUAAAUCAUGCACAUUCUGCCUUGCAAGUUAACAAACCAGUUCCCUCCUGAUGCCUCAAUUGAGCCUCCUUCCACGAUACUCUCAGGCAGCAAUUUCAGAUCUUAACCAUUUGCUGUUUGAGAACAUUUCAUGUCACCCAUUGCUUCUUUCGAGAAUUACCUUAUGAACCCUUCAUUCUCAGUCCUUCCAACGUGAGAAGAGUUUUCCUAUCCACUCAAUGAUCCAUUAUCUUGAUGCGACAGUUUAUCAUUGUGUUAUACCCAAAACAAAUUAUUUUAUACACAAGUAUUUAUAUGUAUGCAGUCAUGUUUAUUACUGCUGUGGCAUACAGAAUAUUUUAGAGAAAAACAAAUUAUGUACAGAAGAAAUAUUUCUCACUAAAGCUGUUUGUAACUGAGAACUAUUUUAAGGUGGUAUGUUUAGUUGCAUAACACAAAUCUUCUGAAGUCAUUCCUUGUGUGAAGCAAUUUGUGAUGUUUGUGUUGUUAUAGCAAUAUAUAAAUGCAACAAUUGUAAAUCACUGUUUAGAAUAUUCUGUGCACUAAGGUAAUCCAUGCAACUGAAAAAAAAAGUGAGGGUUAGCUGCCUCUUUGUGAAACAGAAAGCUAGGACUAAGGUGGUUUCUGCAACAGCAUUUAACAUAAUUCUCUUGCUGCAGCAUCAUAUUGCUUAAGUCACACUCAUUACAGAGUCCUUCCAAUGCACAACACAAUUGAGCAUUUCACAGAAAUUAUCAUGGAAUUUGCAAGUUACUUGUGUCCUUCAAUUCUGUAUGUGACAUGCACGCAGAUCUAAUAUUGUAUAUGUGUAUUCUUUCACUAUUAAGCUACUUUAGAAUGCUCUGACAAGGUUUCACAGAUUAGUGGCAGUCAAGAGACUUCAAAUCCUAAAACCCAUAAAAUAAAUGCACUGGAGAUCACUUUUUUCCUUCUGGAUAAUGGAUUUUGCCUUUCAGAGAGAGAGGUAGUUUAGUUUAACUUGGCUUGCAAGGAUGUUAUUGAUUUCAGCUAGAAAUGUACUGUAGUAGUAUGUUCAGUGGUUGUUAUUUAGAAUAUUUCACUUUGCUUCUUUUACUUAUUCACAGGUUGUCAAAGUAACUUAUGGUCUAUCCUUAAUUGCCCUCAAAAAAGUCACACAGAGCCACCUUCACGAAACACUGCCAUCCACAUGAUGCUUAGUAUAUUUUGUCAUAGCAGUUUGAUAUAAUGGAGUGGCCAGCUAGGCCAUUUCAAGAGCAAUUCAGAGUUAGCUAUAUUGUUUUGGAUCAGUCAUUCCUUGUAAGCAGGGUGGGUAAGGAUAAAAGGUUCAUUUCUAAAGGACAUUAGUGAAUGGGAUGGGUUUCAUGAUUAUCCUAUAGCUUCAUGAACAUUGCUUUUGCCAUUAUUCUUUGUUUUAAUUCCAAAUUUAUUUAGUAAACUGAAUAUAGAUUCAUAAGCUGCUAUGAUUGGAGUUGUCUCCAUAUCAUUAUCCAGGCCUUUGGAUUACUAGCCCAAUAAUAUAGUAUUUUACCCAACCUUGGAUAAAGUGGUCUAAAUGGGAAGAAAUAAAUGGAGACAACAAUAGCAACAUUUAAAUCAAAAGUAUUUUUCCCGUACUAUGCCAACAAGAUAAAAAGGCAAAGGUCCUAGAACAAAAUUAUUUAAUCAAUAACAUGAAAUAAACAUGAGACAUUACAGUAAAGAUUUAAAAGAAGCACUUUAUAUAGAUUUGGUUUUAAGUACUGGAUCCUAUGUGUUAUCAAAGAGCACCAUUACUUAACUUAGAUGUGGCAUGUUAUAAAAAUCACUGAACACUGCUUCUGCACUUUGUAAAUUGUAUAGAACAUUUAUCAGUGUUUUUACACUUAAUAUUCACCGGGCUGGCUUUAACUGUAUAAUUUAUAACAUGCUUAAGUGAACAUUCAUUGAAAUAUUAAUCCUUUUGUUUCAAAUCUCUGUUUUUGUGAAUUCCCACAGAAAAGGAAGGCUUACAUUUACAAAGCUAUAGGAUAGAAUGUAAUAGUUAUGGUGGGGGACCAUGUACACAUCUUGAAGGCCCUGCUGUAGCCAUUUCAAUGGGCUUAGGUCCUGGCAUCAGGUUUCUUGGCUUCUAUUAGGGUAUUUUCCCCCAGAAAUCCUUGUACACAGCAGAUAGCCCACCUCCAAGAGUUUCUGAUCAACCAAAUGCCAGCAGCACACUGGUGCAUCUUCAACAUCAUUGGGAUCAGGGGUUGGUACUGCAGUGUGAGGUAGGCAAAGAACCAGCAAUGGAAUCCCGGGGAUAUGGCACUCAGGGCAGAUUCAGCGGGACCAGAUAGGAUGCACCAAGGAAGACAGGCAGGAUGGGGUGAUCUUGCUCCAGAGUCGACAGCGUGUUGCUAGAAAAGCACAGCAGGUCAG